AGCAAAUCGCUUGAGGAUGCACGGGAGCUGGAUUGGAAGAUCGCCCAGAGCGCGCACUCCGGCAACAGGUUCCUGGCGAAUCUCGUCGUGGACAUGUACGGCAAGUGCGGCAGCUUGCAAGACGCGAGGAAUGCGUUUGCUCGGAUCAAAGAUCCAAACGUUUACUCGUGGAACAUCGUAAUCGCAGCACAUACCCAGAACGGGCAGCUGGAUCACGCCCGUUUGCUGUUCGAUCAGAUGCCUCACAAGGAUAUAGUCUCGUUCAACUGUAUCAUCGCUGCGUAUGCGAGAAAGGGCGACUUGCGGGAGGCGAGAAAGAUCUUUGAGAAGAUGACCGAUCGAGACACCGUGACUUGGAACACGAUGCUUGCUGCGCAUGCCCAAGGGGGGCAUUUGCGUGAGGCGAAGCUUUUGUUCGAUCUCAUGCCUUCCAAGAAUGUGGUGUCUUGGAACGCGAUGAUCGGAGCUUACGCCGCGGCGGGACUGCUUGCCGAGGCGCGGCUCGUCUUCGAUCGGAUGCCCACCCGCGAUGUGGUGUCGGGGAAUGCGAUGAUCGCCGCCUACGUCCACGGCAGCCAGAUCCAUGAAGCGCGACGGAUCUUCGACUCCAUGCCAGAGAGAAAUGUGGUGGCCUGGACCGCGAUCAUGGCUGGCUAUGCCAAUGCUGGCUACCUCGAUUUCGCGAGGAUCAUCUUUGACAAGAUACCCAACAAGAACAUCGUCUCUUGGAACGCGAUCAUCGCCGCGUACAUCCAGCACCACCGCUUGCUCGAAGCUCUCGCGAUGUUCGACGAUAUGCCACAGCGGGAUGUUGCGUCGUGGAACACGAUGAUCGCGGGGCUUGCGCAGGCCGGGCGGAUCGAUCAUGCGCGCCGGCUUUUCGAUUCCAUGCCCAAGCGUGAUCUUGUGUCAUGGAACACGAUGGUGAGUGGCUAUGCGGCGUUGGGCUUCUUGGGCGAAGCUAGAGCGAUCUUUGAAAAGAUGGUAGACAAGGACGUUGUGUCGUGGAACACGUUAAUUGCGGCAUAUUCUCACAAUGGUAAUGUACGUGAGGCAAAGAUUCUCUUUGACAGAAUGCCCGAGAGGGAUAAUCCGUCGUGGAAUGCCAUGCUUUCAGCAUAUGCCGGUUCUGGGCAUCUGGAAGAUGCUAAGCGUUUGUUUGACAAGAUGCCGGACAAGAAUGUGGUGUCUUACACGUCAAUGGUAGCGGCUUACGGGAGCAAUGGCUGCUUGAACGAAGCAAAGGAGAUGUUUGAUUCGAUGGUGGAGAGAAACGUCGUGUCGUGGAAUGCGAUGAUCGCGGCAUUUAAUCAAAAUGGUGGUGCUCGAGAGGGGAUCGCGCUGUUCAAGGUGAUGGAUCUCGAGGGCGUGGAGAUGGACAAGAUCUCCAUAGUUUGUGCUCUUGAGGCUUGCGCGCUGGCUGUGUCGCUUGUCGAUGGAACUCGCGUCCACUCCAGCAUUCUCGGAGGCAAGCUCGCUAGGGACUACGUCGUGCAGACCGCGCUCGUGAACAUGUACGGCAAGUGUGGGAACCUGGUCGAAGCUCGAAGGAUCUUCGACUCGAUGAGCUUCAACUUCCAGGACUCGGUGCCUUGGAACUCCCUCAUUGUGGCCUACAGCCAAAACGGCGAGGGCGACAAGGCUCUGGAUCUGUUUGGAACGAUGGUGCUGGAUGGGAUGAUCCCGGACGAGAUCACCUUCAUGGGAGUUCUCAGCGUUUGCAGCCACGCGGGGCUUCUCGAGGAGGGUCUGCAAUACUUCCGGACUCUGGGCGAUCACGGGAUCGUCCCGACUGUGGAUCACUACAAGUGCGUGGUUGAUCUGCUGGGACGCGCUGCGAAGCUGGAGGAAGCGUCGGGUCUCGUGGAAGCAAUGCCGUAUGAGCCCGACGAAGUUGCAUGGAUGACUCUCCUCAGCGCUUGCAAAGUUUACGACGAUGACAAGAUUGGGAUGCGAGCGGCGGAGGGGCUCGUGGAGAUUGAUCCAGAGACGGCGGCACCGUAUGUGUUGCUGUCCAACAUAUACGUAGAAAGGAACAAAGGCCCCGUAGCCGGAGCAAAGAAAGGAUGAGAUAUUUGGGAAAUCGUGAAGGAUGCUGCGAGGAAGAUACACUGGUAGUAUACGCGACAAAGACCACUCCCAUAUGGAUCCAUUCCUCGAGAAAUUUU